AUGACAAAACUCAGGUUACUCCAAGUUGAUUAUGCACACUUUGCUCCAGACUUCGUGACUUCUUUUUCGGAAUUGAUAUGGUUUCGAUGGAGAGGAUGCCCUCUGGAAUUUACACUAACGAAAUUUCAUCCACUGAACCUCGUUGUUCUUGAUUUGUCAUAUAGUCUUGUUACAAUUAAUUGGAGGGGUUGGAACUGCAUCAAGGUGGCAAAAAAUCUGAAAGUUUUGAAUCUGGCAGGGUGUCAAUACCUAAUGCGAACUCCUGAACUAGCAAAUUGUCGCUUGGAGGUCUUGAUUCUUGAAAACUGUAGAAGUUUGGUUGAGAUUGAUGAGUCCAUCAGUUAUUUUGAGAAGCUAGUGAUAUUGAAUAUGAGGGGAUGCACGAAACUAAGGGAACUCCCAUAUGGCAUCUGGGGGUUGACUUCUCUUAAAAAUCUCAACUUACACCAAUGUGAAGGUUUGGACAAUUUACCUGAUACCAUAGGUUUUCUCAAAAACCUAGAGACUUUUGAUGCCAGUUUUUGUUAUCUCAAGGAUGGUGGAAUUCCGGAUGCUUUAGGGUGGUUAUCCUCUUUGGAAAUCUUGAAACUAGGUGGAAACAAUCUUCAUAGCCUACCAGCGACAGUUUCUGGUCUUUCCUCACUCCGAACACUUGAUUUAAGGUUCUGCUACAGUCUGAAAUUGCUCCCAGACCUUCCUUCUGGUUUGAAAUAUCUUAGUGUUCUGAGAUGCAAAACUUUGAAAUCAUUGCCAAGGAUUUCAAACCUGACAAAUUUAGAGGUGCUGUGCCUUGAUGAUUGUGAAAAUCUGGUGGCGGUGCCAGCUUUGUUAGGGUUGAGAAAUUUAAAGAAAUUAAAUCUUGAUAAUUGUCAGAGCUUAGUAGAGAUUGAAGGCCUCGAAGGGUUGGACUCUCUACAGCUGUUUAUGAUGAAGAACUAUGGAUCAUUAAGAAAAAUUGGAAAAAUAUCCAGCUUGAGAAAACUGAAGCAAUUAAGACUGAUGGACUGCUCAAUGUUAUCCGAGAUUAAGGGCCUUAAGGGACUGGAUUCCCUGGAGCUGUUGGCAAUAAAGAGGUGCAUACUACUAAGAAAAAUACCAAAACUCUCUGACUUGAAUAAACUAAGGGUAUUAGAAAUUGAAGGCUGCGAGAAGUUAAUCGAGAUUGAGGGCCUCGUGGGAUUGGAUUCCCUGGAGCUGUUGGUGAUGAAAAAUUGUGAAUCAUUAAGGAAAAUCGGAAAAAUAUCCGGCUUGAGAAAACUGAAGGAAUUAAGACUCACGGACUACUCAAUGUUAUCCGAGAUUGAGGGCUUGGAGGGACUGGACUCUCUGGAGCUGUUGACAAUAAAGGGGUGCACACUACUAAGAAAAAUACCAGAACUGUCUGACUUGAAAAAACUAAGAAUAUUAGAAAUGGAAGGCUGUGAAAAGUUACUUGAGAUUGAGGGUCUCGUGGGAUUGGAUUCCCUGGAGCUGUUGAUGAUGAAGAUCUGUGAAUCAUUAAGGAAAAUCGGAAAAAUAAUCAGCUUGAGAAAACUGAAGGAAUUAAGACUCACAGACUACUCAAUGUUAUCCGAGAUUGAGGGCCUUGAGGGACUGGACUCCCUGGAGCUGUUGACAAUAGAGGGGUGCACACUAUUAAGAAAAAUACCAGAACUAUCUGACUUGAAAAAACUAAGGAUAUUACAAAUGGAAGGCUGCGAGAGUUUACUCGAGAUUGAGGGCCUCGUGGGAUUGGAUUCCCUAGAGCUGUUGAUGAUGAAAAACUGUGGAUCAUUAAGAAAAAUCGGAAAAAUAUCUGGCUUGAGAAAACUGAAGGAAUUAAGACUCAUGGGCCACUCAAAACUAAGGAUAUUAGAAAUGGAAGGCUACAACAAGUUACUCGAGAUUGAGGGUCUAGUGGGAUUGGAUUCCCUGGAACUGUUGAUGAUGAAGAACUGUGAAUCAUUAAGGAAAAUCGGGAAAAUAUCCGGCUUGAGAAAACUGAAAGAAUUAAGACUCAAAGACUACUCAAUGUUGUCCGAGAUUGAGGGCCUUGAGGGACUAGACUCCUUGGAGCUGUUGACAAUAAAGGGGUGCACACUAUUAAGAAAAAUACCGGAACUAUCUGACUUGAAAAAACUAAGGGUAUUAGAAAUGGAGUGCUUGAAUAUAUGGGAGAUUAAGGGCCUUGAAGAAUUAGAUUCCCUGGAGCUGUUGACAAUAAAGUCAUGCCAAUCAUUGGUUGCAACACCUAAUCUGUCUGCAUUGGAAAAACUAAGUAUCUUUGAAAUCUUGGACUGCAAUAAGAUACAUUGGAUUGAGGGCCUAGAGAAUUUGAGAUCUUUGUCAAAACUGAGCCUGAAUCCUUAG